AGGAAGCGCCUCCGCUUCAUUGAGCAGGGCAGAAAAGUAAAGACAGGCCGAGCAAAAAGUGAAAUACAUUGCUUACGACAUCAACAAGUGGCAUUGGAAAUAAACAAAAUAUACUUAACUGUAAGACUACAUGCGAAUGCAGUCUUGCGAAAAACGGACCAACAUGAAGAGAUGAUGCGGUGUUUACAUUUUUAAUGUCUGGCAGUGGCUACCCCUGGCUAGCUUGCUAAAGAAAGCGAGAACGUGGGUGCCAGCGUGCUGUGUGGCUGACCUCAGGAAUGUCGUGUUGACUGAAGCCUUGUUGCAUUGGAUAUCAGCGCGAUUCUUAAUUGGCCAAAUGGGUUGUCAAUCAGCAUAUGCAUACCAGGCGAUGGCUCAGGAGGUGCAGUAUGAGCCGGUGGCCCAGAUCGGGGGCGGGGCGUACGGGACGGUGUAUAAGGCGCGGGACCGGGAGAGCGGCCAGUUUGUGGCGCUGAAGAGCGUCCGCGUGCAGACGGACCAAGACGGCCUGCCCCUUUCCACCGUCCGCGAGGUGGCCCUGCUCAAACGCCUCGAGCAGUUCGACCACCCCAACAUCGUAAAGCUCAUGGAUGUGUGUGCCUCUCCACGGACGGACCAGGAGACUAAAGUCACACUGGUGUUUGAGCAUGUGGACCAGGACCUCAAGACCUAUCUGGAGAAAGCCCCCGCGCCCGGCCUGCCCGCUCACACCAUCAGGGACCUGAUGAAGCAGCUGAUGACGGGUCUGGAGUUCCUGCACUCCCACCGCGUGGUGCACCGCGACCUGAAGCCCGAGAACAUCCUGGUGACCAGCAGGGGGCAGGUCAAGCUGGCCGACUUCGGACUGGCUCGCAUGUACAGCUGCCACAUGGCUCUCACACCUGUGGUGGUGACGUUGUGGUAUCGCUCUCCUGAGGUUCUGCUCCAGUCCACGUAUGCCACUCCUGUGGACAUAUGGAGUACUGGCUGCAUCUUCGCAGAGAUGUUCCGUCGCAAGCCCCUGUUUUGUGGGGAAUCCGAGGCUGAUCAGCUGGGGAAGAUCUUUGAGGUGAUUGGGCUGCCGUCUGAGGAGGACUGGCCUGCUGACGUCACCCUCAAGCGCCACAGCUUCAGCCCCCAGAAGCCCCGGCUGCUCACGGACUACGUGCCCGAGCUCUGCAGCCAAGCGGAAGACCUGCUGCAGAAAAUGCUCACCUUCGACCCACUGAGAAGAAUUUCGGCCAUGAGUGCUCUCCAACACGACUACCUGAAGGAGGGCUAAAGACCGCUGCGUCCUGGAGUUGAGACUAGUUUUCGUUUUUUUUUAUUUCUACAUUCGAGGAAGACAGUUAAAGGGACGACUAAAGUAUGUUUUUAAGAGACGUUCUCAAAUGGCCACCAAUGACGCAUCACAGACCAACCGACCAAUCAACCCCACAGUUGUCACUGCCAGACCUUGGUUGUACUGUACGUCACAUUGCAGGCUAUGUCGCCAUACACUAGGUGUCGAAUUCUUUUACGUUGUCUUCGUGAAUGUGCUGUAUUAUGAAGCCAAGCAUGAGACCAUUCCUGUGAUUGAUCAGGUGAUCAAUACUAGCUAGUUUCCCCCUCUCUUUCUCUUUCUCUCUCUCUCUGGUCACAACAUGAUUGCCUUUCAUAAUUACUUCUGUAUCGAUUCUUUUUUUUUUUUUUUUGACCAUCGAGUUUUAGUGGCAAAGCAGAAAUGUCGAGAGGGUUGUGCAAAAAUGACUUCGCCACACAAAAAUUUGCCAGAGAGUGAUGUUUUUUUUUAAAAAAGAUUAUUAUUUUAUCACGGACCAUGAACUGUCAGACAAGGCAGACUUAUUCCAAUGCAAAAAAAGAAGAAUUAUGCAGCCAGUCACUGUGAUCCUGAGUUUCCUUUGCUUAUUAUAGUGUCCUAUUUUUUUAAACCGCUGUGGUCACAGACUGAAUCAAGGUGAUGAAAAGAUGUGUUUGUGUGUUCCGGAUAAAAGCAGUUCUAGUUUAGUUUGUUUAUGUCCCAACUCUCCCAUCUUCUGGAAAUGCCUCAUGACUCUUCUAGUAUCUCUCUUUUUACCUCUGUAAUUGUCCAGGGGUCUAUUGUUGUCUCACUAUGUUGUUGAAUGUUGACGUUUUUUAAGUUAUCUCCGAUGAAGAUGGACACCUUUUUUUUCCCCCCAUAGUUCCGUGUUAGUGUGGUACAGUACAUCUUUGACCGUAAAAUGGGUGUUUUUGAGAGCUUCAUUGGAAAUUUGUUUUUACAGGGGGAGGGUUGGGGAGUUGCGUAUUGUUUUAUAAAUAUGGCUAUGGACUCUGGCCAGGAAAACACUUGAGAGCGCACACGUGUUCACCUCACAGUUACUGUGUGCAAGUUGUAGGUAAUAUCCAGUGAGAGCUUUUUUCUCCUGAUGAUUGAAAGGCCUGUAUUACAGUGUCACUUUUCAUCUUGGGUCACAUUCUUUUCUCUCUCUCUGUGUCGUAUCUGUCACUUCAUCUUAUUGUGGAACAACAUAUUUGAUGUCAUGUGACAUUGGUUAAGAAAGUAAAAACUAAUAAAGCUGCUAAGACACAUUUUAA